AUGAGCUCGGGGAGAAGCCGUGGGGCCCAGGGGUUCUGUCCAUCCCCGACCAUUGGCCGCACGUGCGGGAAGUGGGAGGAGCAGUGGACCGAGCGCUCGCUGCGGAUGACGCCCGAAGAGCGCGAGCUGGAGCAGACCGAUUGGCAGGCAAAGAUCGACGAUAUCACCAAGAAGAAGGCGGCCGUCGGGAUCUGCGCGAACAAGACGGCGCCGAUGACCAUGAACGAGUGCGUCAGCUACAAGUCGAGGGAGUACCCAAAGUACCACAAGCAGCUGAACGAUGCGUACAAGGAGAAGCGCGCGGCCUACGAUGCCGCGGGCAAGUUCGAGGUGGUCGGGCACGAGGUGCCCGCGCCGUCCAGCCCGGCCGCCGCGUCGGGCGGCGUGGGCGCCGCGGCCCUCGGCGUCGCGGGCGCCGUCGCGCUUGCCGCCCUCGCGCGCAGGAGGAGAGGACCCACUCCCCGCUGGCGGAGCCGGGGGGUGACAUCGACGCAGAGCUGA